UUUCGCAGAUCUACCCCCUGGUUGCCAGCGAAUCAGAAGGUGUGUUUUGUUUUUGGAGACGACUGCAGUUGUUCCCUGGUCUUGGUACAUGAGAAAACAUCUAGGGGAUACUACAGUACAAUUUUCUUGUAGCGUCAACCCACUAAGCAUGAUUUCUACUCCCCAUUUCAAAGACGCACGAGAGCCCGAUUCCCACGUCAAGCUCAAAUCCAGAUAUACUCGAGACGCGAAGGAAACUCAUGAACCCGGGAUUCUAAACGCGGGUACUUGUAUUCCUACACCAACCUAUUCGAUAGGCCUCUGCGUGAUGAUCUUCGUGGGCACGAUCAACAUUUUACCAGUCUAGUAACGAACGUAUACACUUACUCGAGUUAAAGUAACCCCGAACUCACCCCCCGUUGAAGGGCAAAGGCUUGCGAAUAAACCGCUACAAUAUAUCGCUCUCAUCGAGUACAC